CUGCGGGCUUUUCCGGUGUGGUUUGUUGUUGUUCCGGUCCCGGCGCCGUGUCCGUGUCCGCCCCGGUGUCGCUGCUCCGGUGUCGCUGCUCCGGUGUCGCUGCUCCGGUGUCGCUGCCCCGGUGUCUCUGCCCCGGUGUCUCUGCUCCGUGUCCGGCCCCGGGAGGAGCUGAUCAUGAGCGGGCUGCAGCUGCUCGGAGCCUACCUGACGGAGGUGGUGAAGGAGAUCCUGCGGGUGGUGGAGGAGGCGGUCACCGAGUACCGGGAGGAGGCGGCCCGCACCCGGAGAGAGAACCAGAGCCUCCGGAGCCAACUGCGGGACGUGCUGCUGCUGGAGGCCCGCGCGGAGUGGCCCAGAGCCGGGCCGUUUCUGGAGCACUUGUCUCUCUCGGAUCAUCCCAAUGUGACUCCUGCCGUCUACGGCUUCGUGCCCACGUCUCAGGUGACUCACACGGUCUCAUGUUCUCGCUCGGACGACGCGAAGAAGCCGCCGGUCUCCUCACGACGGACCGCGGACGGCCCGGGGGCCAGAGCUUUGACCGCGGCUCCGGGGAGAGUGAAGGAGGAAGAGGAGGAGAGGGGGAUGAGCGGAGGAGAGGAGAGGGGGAGGGAGAGAGGAGAGGAGGAGAGGAGGGGACUGAGCGAGAGACUGAGAAAGAGAGGGAGCGAAAGAGGAGAGGAGGAGCGAGGGGUGAACGAGAGCGACGGGGAGGAGAGACGGAGCGAGAGAAGAGAAGGAGAAGGGAGCAACAGAGGAGAGGAGGAGAGAGGGAGAAAGAGAGGAGAGGAGGAGGAGGAGGAGAGAGGGAAGCACGUGAGAAGAGAGGAGGAGAAAGGGAGCGAAAGACGAGAGGCAAAAACAGAAGAGGGGAGAGGAGAGCGGGACAAGAGAGGAGAGGAGGAGCGAGAGGAGGAGAGAGGGAUUAACGGAGGAGAGGAGGAGCGAGGGAGCGAGGGAGGAGAGGAGCCGGUGUCGUGGGUGAAGACGGAGCCGGAGCACAGAGCUGUGACGGAGAGAACAGCGCCCCCCGUGGACCAGGUGUCCCCGCCCCACAGCGCCCCCCGCUGUCCUCGCUGCAGCGACACCUUCCCCUCAGGCUCCGCCCUCCUGCUCCACCUGCAGCAGCCCAAGAAGAGCCACUGCUGCGACUUCUGCUGCAAGUCCUUCUCCCAGUCGGCCGACCUGCGGCGCCACCUCAGGACGCACACGGGCGAGCGCCCGCACCGCUGCGGCUUCUGCGCCCGCGCCUUCAGCCAGAGAGGAAACCUGCGGCGCCACCUACGGGUGCACACGGGCGAGAGACCCUACGCCUGCGCCCACUGCCAACGCCGCUUCAGCGACGGAGACACGCUCAAGAAGCACCAGCGCACGCACGUCUGAACCAGAACUGAACCAGGACUAAACCAGGACCAGGACUAAACCAGGACCAGGACUAAACCAGGACUAAACCAGGACCAGGACUAAAGCAGCGCACGCACGUCUGAACCAGAACUGAACCAGGACUGAACCAGGACCAGGACUAAACCAGGACUGAACCAGGACUAAACCAGGACUAAACCAGGACUAAACCAGGACUAACCAGGACUAAACCAGGACUAAACCAGGACUAAACCAGGACCAGGACUAAACCAGGACUAAACCAGGACUAAACCAGGACUAAACCAGGACUAAACCAGGACUAAACCAGGACCAGGACUGAACCAGGACCAGGACUAAACCAGGACUAAACCAGGACCAGGACUAAACCAGGACCAGGACUAAACCAGGACUAAACCAGGACUAAACCAGGACUAAACCAGGACCAGGACUAAACCAGGACUAAACCAGGACCAGGACUAAACCAGGACUAAACCAGGACUAAACCAGGACCAGGACUAAACCAGGACUGAACCAGGACCAGGACUAAACCAGGACUAAACCAGGACUAAAACCAGGACUAAACCAGGACUAAACCAGGACUAAACCAGGACUAAACCAGGACUAAACCAGGACCAGGACUAAACCAGGACUAAACCAGGACUAAACCAGGACCGACUAAACCAGGACUAAACCAGGACCAGGACUAAACCAGGACUAAACCAGGACUAAACCAGGACCAGGACUAAACCAGGACCAGGACUAAACCAGGACCAGGACUAAACCAGGACCAGGACCAGGACUAAACCAGGACUGAACCAGGACCAGGACUAAACCAGGACCAGGACUAAACCAGGACUAAACCAGGACUAAACCAGGACUAAACCAGGACUAAACCAGGACUAACCAGGACCAGGACUAAACCAGGACUAAACCAGGACUAAACCAGGACCAGGACUAAACCAGAACUAAACCAGGACUAAACCAGGACUGAACCAGGACUAAACCAGGACCAGGACUAAACCAGGACUGAACCAGGACCAGGACUAAACCAGGACCAGGACUAAACCAGGACCAGGACUAAACCAGGACCAGGACUAAACCAGGACUAAACCAGGACUAAACCAGGACUAAACCAGGACUAAACCAG